CUCUCGCCACCCACUCAAUCGUACACUUGGAGGUCUCGCCACUAUGAGCUACUCAGUCUUCGCGAGCCGCUUGGAGGCCAACCUCUCCAAGUUUGGCUUGACGACGGACACACUUGCCACCAAGCCAUGCUUCAACUCACUCGGCUCACGCCUGCAGGGUCAGAUCCAGAACGCGCUCCUGCAUGCCAUGGACCCGGCGUGGGACGCCAUACCGGGCACGCGGAUGUCAUUCAUUACGACAGCCAUGCGUCGCGGCUGGACGCCCAGCCACCUCCUCUUCGUCGUGGCAGAUCGCGUGGCUCGCGGCGAGCCCGACACACAGAUCUACCGUGCGUUCAAGGAACGCCUCGAGGCCAGUCUUAGUCAGAACGAGCUUAGCAUCGACGCACUCGCGAUUAGAGCCUGCUACAACCAGCUCGGAGCGAGGAUGCAGACGCAGAUUCACAAUGCGCUCCUCGCAGCUCAGGAUCCCAUGUGGGACAGUGAGCAUCCCGGGUCGCGGAUGGGGCUCGUCAUGAAUGCUGUCCAGAAGGGCUGGACACCGAGCCAUCUCCUCUUCGCCAUCGCUGAUCGGGCCGCCCGCCAGUCCGAAGAGGAGCAACGCAAGAUCUCAAUGCGCGUGGCUUCCGCCGAAGCUGCCGCUGCCCGUGCACCACCCGCCGCGGCCAUACCAGAGGCCGACCUUGCUCCGGUCCUUAACCAAGCUCCCAACGCUGUUCGCACUCCAACCGCUGCUUCAGCACCAGCUGCUGCACCUGCACCAUCUUCUCCCGCCUCUCAGCGUGCUCCAGCUUCGGCCUUUGCUCCGGCUUCUCCCCGCACGCCAGGCGCAUUUCCACUACCUCCUCCUCGCACGCCGGUCUCUCCCACCACGCAAGCCGCAGCCUCGGCUGGAGGGACACUUCGCUCUCCAGCUACGGCCCCUCUUCCAACUACAACACCUACCCGACCCCAUGUGGUUAUCGCAACACCUGCAGUUCCUGGCCCGCCUGUGCGCCGCGCCGGUUCCGUCGCGUCUACUGCCAGAACAGCCUCUCCCGGCCCGCUUCGCCGUCCCGGUUCCAUCGCUUCCAUUGCUACAUCCGCAACAGCUGCUUCUGCCGCAACUGCGGCCUCUGCAACGAGCACUGCUACUGCCGCAACGACGGUUACUGCCAAUUUCAACACCCCUCGCUCAUCGAUCGCAACCGCCCCCGUCCCCCCUGUCAACCCCACGGCCCUCGUCAAUGCCCUCACACACAGCGUGGCAGCUGUAGGCGUCGCUGUGGACCGUCUACAAGACAUGGCCGCGACUUUCCAGUCCGAGAUCCAGGCUAUUAAUGGCAUCCACGAGAGCAAGAACACAGUGUCCUUCGUCGAGCCGAGCUCGGUUCUCGACGCACGGCUCAAGGCAGCCUUCCAGGCGGCCAAUUACGCGGCCUCCGGUGGACAUGGCUACGCAAUCCACAUGGUGUUGAGCGAAAUCGAAAAGUUUUCAGACCAGCGCCUGACUGCCGCACUGAUCGAGGGUGCUCGCGCCGCAGAGAAGCGCCUAACGGCAGCUCUGGUAAACGCAGAGCUACAGGCAGCAAAGCGGUUGCAUGCCGCCAUGGUAGCUGCCGAGAACACGGUGGCUGGCCGAAUUUCCGAGGCGGUCAGCCAGGCAGAGGAGACUGCAGAGCAGGUUGCGGAGCAGCGCGUGAACGCGGCCGUUCAACGAGCGAUGGAGGAGAUAGCGCGGCGGCACGAGGAAGAGGUGAAGAGGGCGGUUGAGGAGGCCGAGCGGCGUGGAGCUCUGCAGACGCAACGGGCCGUGCAGGGAGCCGUGGAGGCAAGCAAGCAGAGGGAGGCAGCGGCCUUCAAACAGGAGCAGGAGCGAUUGGACGAACGCCUGGCGGCUGCAAUAUCUGCCGCGACCACGACCGCAGACGUGCGCGUGGCUACGGCACAGGAUGCAUGCGAGGCCGCUGAUCAGCGCCUGGCUUGCGCCUUCGCGAGAGCGGAGGAGGUGGAGACCGCACACGCAGCCGAGGUAAAGGGGCUGAAGAGCGCAGCAGAGGCGCUGGAGGCCGAUCUCAAGACGUUAGAGGCUGCUGCGAAGACUCAUGCGGACCAGCUCGCACGGCUGCGGGCAGCCAACACAAAUGCUUUGGACAUCAUGCGAGAAGAACACGCGAUGGAGAUUGAGGGUCUGCAGGCCGACAUUGGGCGCCAGCGGAGGGUCGUCGACAUGAUGAAAGCCAGCUACCGCCGCAAGUUGGAGGCGGAGGAGGUGGACGAGGACGAAGAGGGCGCCAACACUUGCAUCAUUUGUCUCGACGAGAUCGCCGACCAGAUGCCCUUCCAGUGCCAGCAUGUUGUUAUGUGUUCUCAAUGUGCGGAUCGCGUCGUAACGGAUUCUAAGCACUGUCCGUUCUGCAUCAAUCGGACUCCGCGCAGAAAGGAGGAGUGGCGUGUGUUCCUUGCCAAGUGAACGUGGGGUGGCAGUCCGGCACGCAUUGCCGGAGGCGAUGCAGGUGAACAGGGAGAUUUUUGUUGCUUGUCAGAUUCUGGUUGUGUUCAGUACGUUCUACUCUUUGGCUCAUUUUGUACCGAUAGGCUGUUGCAUCGCAUCUCGACUGUCU